CAGAGCGAGAGAGACACACACAGAGAAGCAAUGCAAUGGAGGUGGAGAGCCCUAAGCACCAUAACCAGAACUUUUUCCACCUCCUCAACUUCCACAACAGCAACGCCACCGCCCUCUGAAUUCCCCAAAACCCUCGAGGGUCUUCGGGCCCGCCUGGCCCGAGAAUCUCCUAGCCUAUCGGAAUUCGCGUACUCCGUCGAAGUCGGCACCAAGAAGAACCCUCUGCCCAAGCCCAAGUGGAUGAAGGAGGCCGUUCCCGGAGGUGAAAAGUACGUUCAAAUCAAGAAGAAGCUCCGUGAACUCAAGCUCCACACCGUUUGCGAAGAGGCCAGGUGUCCUAACCUCGGCGAAUGCUGGUCCGGCGGCGAAACUGGCACCGCCACCGCCACCAUCAUGAUCCUCGGCGAUACCUGCACUCGCGGUUGCCGGUUUUGUAAUGUGAAGACGUCGCGUACACCUCCACCGCCAGACCCAAAUGAACCGGGGAAUGUGGCGGAGGCAAUUGCUUCAUGGGGUUUGGAAUAUGUGGUGAUUACAAGUGUGGACCGGGAUGAUUUGCCUGACCAGGGGAGUGGCCAUUUUACUGAGACGGUGCAGAAGUUGAAGGCACUGAAGCCAAAUAUGCUGAUAGAAGCCUUGGUUCCUGAUUUUCAAGGAGAUGCUGGCUGUGUAGAGAAAGUUGCGAAAUCAGGAUUAGAUGUCUUUGCUCAUAAUAUUGAAACGGUUGAAGAGCUUCAGAGUUCUGUUCGUGAUAACCAUGCUAAUUUCAAGCAGUCUUUAGAUGUUUUAGUGAUGGCCAAGGACUAUGCUCCUGCAGGAACACUUACCAAAACUUCAAUAAUGUUAGGAUGUGGAGAAACACCCAAGCAAGUUGUCAGAACUAUGGAGAAAGUGAGAGCAGCAGGUGUGGAUGUGAUGACACUUGGUCAAUAUAUGAGACCGUCAAAGCGCCAUAUGCCAGUGUUUGAAUACAUUACACCUGAGGCUUUUGAUAAGUAUCAAACUCUUGGCAUGGAAAUGGGAUUUCGAUAUGUUGCAUCUGGUCCUAUGGUUAGAUCUUCAUAUAAAGCAGGUGAAUUCUACAUCAAAUCCAUGAUUGAAUCAGAUCGGGCUGCUUCUUCACAGCUUCCUGUUUGUUGAUGAGUAUUUUUUUCCCGCUUACAUAUAAUAUCAUAAAAUCAUCACUUCCUGUGCAUUGUUUAAGUGAUAAUUACUUGGGCUUAAGCUCA